AUGAGUUCGGCCCUUGGUGCCGUUGGGGGCUUCGUCGGUGGCGUCUUUGGCGGCGUCUUCGGCGGUGUCAUCGAGGGCGUCAGGGGCGUGGCCUGCCACUCCGGAGACGCAGACAAGGACGCCUACGACGAUGAGAACAUCUUCGAGCAACGUGCAAAGCUCGACCAGGUGCUUCAGUUCUUCGAGCUGGAGUACGAGAAGUUCAGUGGAUAUUUUGACGACCCGCAGAGGAUGGAAAGUAUGCGAGUGGAAUACUACAACUGCAUCAAUGCCAUCGAGUUCCAGAGCGAGGUUCUCUCUCAGCUGGUCGAGGAGCUUCUUGGCUUGCGCGGCGCGCUGCGGCGCGGCGAAGCUCUCGAGAUGUCAAGGAAGGAUCUUUCAAUCCGGCUCGCGAACCUCAAGCUGGACAUCUCCGACAGGAAGACGAAGCGCUUCUUCAAGGAGAAGGAGCGGAGGCAGCUGCUGGAGACGCUUAGCCCGGCAAUCGCGGACGCCAAGACACAGCGGCUUCUUGCCGAGCAAGCAGGCAGCGCAGUUGAGAGCACUCCUAUGGAUGCAGCCCCGCAAUCUGCCCACAUGGAGGCGACGGCCUCCGAUGGCGGCAAGCACUCUUCGACGGGCACCCGUCAGAGGCGCUACAAGCACUACAGCGACAAAGAACUGGCAUCGCUCCUGCGCGAGAAGGACGACUAG